AUGGAUCUCUCGGCGAUGUUGAAUGAUGGAUCGGCGGAGAAGAAGCAGAGUCAGAGUCAGAGCCGGGCAUCGCCAGAGAGGCAGAGCACACAACGUUCCAUCCCAGCCACCCCCAGCGCCAAUGGACUAUCUUCUGGCUAUCCACAAUCGCAGACCACACCACUAUAUGCUCCUCCACCCGGCGCACCACUGUCACGACAGACCACAGGCUUGACACCAUUACGCACGCCGUCGCAAGGUCUGCCGGGGUCGCAAUAUCCUUUCCCAAACCAGACUUCGCAGAGCCCAGCCGUCCAGCAGCCUACUGGCAGCUAUCCACACUAUGGGGCCCACCCAGCAACGACACCUGGACCCCGGCCAUCGAGCCAUAGCUACCCAUCAUAUACGCAGCCUUCACCAGGCCAGCAUAGUCUGCAAGGGCAUCCACCUGGAGUGUACGGCCUUCAGAGCUCCUCACACUCGCCGACGCCUUCGUCCCAUCAUGGCCAGACACCGCAGUCAUUACGCCAAAGCCCGCUCUCAGUAAUGUCGCAUGCACCACCGCCCAUGCAACAUCAUCCCCAAUAUGCGCAUCAGCACUCGCAGCCGAGCACACCACUUGGUCCGCCACCCUUACAGUACUCACGAACAUCCGGCCAAAACUUCCACGAUGCGCAAAGCCCAUACCAUCAGCGACAAUCAUCUGGCGCAUCAAACGGCAUGACUGUAGCCUCUCCUGCGCAGCAUCAGCCGAGUAUUGGUAAUCUAUUAGACUCGCCAAGCGGGUAUACCCGCCAGUCACCGCAUCUUCGCCGAACAAGCGACUACCUCAGUCAAAUGGACCGUGAACGUAGUGUGUCAGUCAGUCCAAAGACAAAGGUCCUACCCCGUGCACUUUCCCAGACUUCGAGACAAAGCAGUCAACAAGAAGUACCGAGUGCACGCAGUUCACUGCAGCACCAGCACAGUGUGGCGUCGCUAUUGGAGUCACCGAGCCACGUGACCACACACUCGCACUUGGCUGUGGCCCAACCUUCACACAACGCACCGCAGUCACAACAACUGCAUGGCGUCACACAGGCCAUACCGCCGUACCCAGCCACGGGUCAGCCGCCGCUAGCACAGAAUUCUUUGUCUCAACCCAACAAUCAUUCGCAACUUCCAAUUCAGCAUCAGCCUCAGCGUAUGGACAUGAAUCACCUGCUCACCUCUGCCAGCUCAGUGACGAGUACAGAAGGACAGGAGAACAUGGCACCGAAGAGGAAGCCACAGGAAGCAUAUCAAUUCAUGCGGCCAUCGCCGAAACCGAAGAGGUCUAACAUUGCGCCGCCGCCUGCGCCAGUAAAAUCAACCACACAAAAUCAGUCCGACGAUCUGAAAGGUCACGAAUCUCCGGAAGUCACACCUGUGCAAAAUGCGGAUUCGCGAGAGGAAAUCUCUUCGCAACAGGGGCCUAAUAAUGACGCGAUUCACAAACAACAGCCUCGCGACACUCACAUGCUCGAUGCCAAGCCAGCUAGUACUAAGCGUCCUGCCGAGACAGAGCCAUCGUCGGAGCCACCUGCGAAACGUGGAAGGAGUGGGCGAAAAUAUGCAGAUUUCAUCAAGCCGAUCUGGGCGAGGCUAUCUCCAAAAAAUCCAAUGUAUAAUGCCAAAGAGGAUGGCGUAAGCAAUGGCCGCGCACAGCAACAUGCACCUCCGCCGGCACCGGUGCAGCAACGACAACAGCAACCUAGACCGAACGGGCAGGUCCAGCAGGCAAGGAAUUGCCGAAUGUCGCAAGACGACAACUGCUUCCCACCUGGUGUAGAUCCUGAACGACCAUGGGCAGAUGAUCCGCCUCUCAAUCGCGAUCUUAUGCAGAUGCAACACUGUCUCAGCCUACCGAGGUGGGAGAAGUCGCUCAAAUACCACGACCCGAUGCCAGAUAUGCAACGCUGUGCAAUGGACUGGCUUUACCGCGAGAUGUCUCAGCUCAAAGAUAUACCACAUGACAAACGGAUCGUCGAGAUAGAGAUCGAGGGUAAGAUCGGCCGGAUCAUGAAGGGCGACGAGAGACUCAGUAUGCCGAUCCUCACAUCCACUGUCCUGAGUGAGGACUAUGCACAGAGGAAUCUUCGUUUCGAGAGCAAAAUGGAGGUUCACGAGCACAAAGCCAUGAAUGACUUCCUCAAUGCCGAGCUACUCGCGUCCAGAAGCGAUUGCAGGGUUCCAAUGGAGUACUCGCACCCGAAAACAAUCGACUCCUUCAAACCUCUCUCCGCCGUCGGCUUCCAAACCCUGCCGCCCUCCUUCAAGCGCCACUGCUUGCACAACUCGAAAGACCUCAAACUCCGCACCACCACCGACCAAAUCACUGGAGCAGUCACCGCACGCAUAGUGAAGCACAAGAUCUCCGACCUCCACAUCUUCGGCCCACAAGGCGAAUACGACUGUCGUAUCUCCCUCAACCUCGAAGCGAAACUCAUGCCGCCGCCGCACGAUCCAAAUCCACCCGAAGAGCUGAUGACCCUUCCCUCCGUCGCCGAAAUGGGAGAUGAGUGGCCUUCAAGUUCGCGUGUCCAGCCUGACCGGGAGAAGGAUAGGUUGAGUUAUAAACAUCAGAUCUACCAGAUCGAUCUGACAAAAGUAGGCGGUGGGAAGGGGAGUUACGAACUGGAGAUCGAGGUCGAUACCCAGGUUCUCCGCGAGCAGAUGGAGAGGAUGGAGCAAGGGAGGGAGAAUGGGUUUGCUGGGAUUGUGGAGGGGUUCCUGAACAAUGCUACGUUCUUGACGAGGCAGAGAGCUUGA